AUGACCAAACACCACACAAGCCAUUUGCAUUUGGGUUCUACUAAUUCUCCUUCUCAUGCUGCUUCUCAUUUGCAUCAUUCCAAGACCUCUCGUACGAACUCUUCUGCUGCAACAAGAUUGAAAUCAUUGGCAACGACAACACCCAUGGUGAACAACCACUCCAACGCUCCAUUCAACUUUAUUCAAGUUUCUUUUCAUAAUGUUGGACAACAAAUGUCGAAUCAGACAAAAGGAUUGAGAGGAGCACCAUCUGUGUCGAAUACGGCCCGACCACCAACGAAAGCAAAUAUUCAAGAGGGAAACGUGUUCCAAAUGGAAUAUCAACAAGAGGACGUCAAGUACGGAAGUAAGGUUCCACUCUAUCAUUGGAAGCUUUGUAACAAUCCAAAGAGAAUAUACAAACGAAAGGAAGAAACAAGAGUUGCAAACCCCAAACCAGCUGAAGUUCCUCCAGUGCCUUGCUCUCAUCUUCCCAACAAUGUAUUGAACAUGAACGCAAACAACUUCAUAAGUGGUGGAGAAGAGUACUCUAGCUGCUGUUCCAACUCAGCCUCCUCUCUGAAAAGUAGUUGCCAAAGCUCAACCUCUUCCUCCUCUUCGUCCAACACACCUCCCGUAUCCCCAACCUCAGCAAUUCCUCGUAUUCCAAGGACUCAUAUUCGAAUUGAGGACUUGCUCAAUCCCUUGAACUAA